AGCGCUCGUGAGAUCUACUGCAAUCUGGAUGUCUUCACAUUCUACCACGUAGAUGAUUUCUUCAACCCUUUGAGAUUGAACGAAGUUGUUAAAGCAGGACGAACACUGAGACGCGGUAACACCUGCUGGAAAGCGCUCAACCGAUGUGAAACCACACAGCUGCAAUGUGGCACAAAUGGCGCUUGCCAGGCGGAAGUAAACCGAGUAAGUAUAAAAGUGCCGGGUGAUGGAGGAGGAUGUAUCGAAUACAUAGAAAUAUGCAGCAGCGGGCAGAGUUCCAUUAUCUCAGCAUCUACAGCAGGUACAGUAGUAAUGUCAGGGAACGAACUUCUUGCAAUGAUCAUUAAAGGGAUUCUUCUGGUAUAUUUUCCAAAACUUGAACAGACUCGAACAAUGUACUCCAUUCUGGUUGUGGGUGCUGCACUUCUGAUGAUUAUUUCGCCGAAGUAUAGUGAGAUCGAAAUGGAGCUGUUUGGGCAGAUUCUCAAUGAAAACAAUGGAUUUGUGGUCACCGGAUGGCUACACGCGACAUCGAUGGAGGUGCUGCAUAUCUCAGCAGAUACUCGUGAGAUCAACCCGAACGCUGAGCAGCUUGAAACCGAACUGGAGAAAUGCUUCAAUGAGAUACAACGUCAAAUCACUGUAUCGCGUACUAUUCGUAAACAUUUCAAGUUUAUCCAGCUCGAUGACCCCUUCUCCAAAAUGCCGGAGCGGGGAGAGGGUCCUCCUUCUUACCAAUCAGACACUCGGCGACCACUACGAAGGAAGUAUUGUUGCGAUUGGGGACAAGGUUCAUCUUCACCGAAAGGAUCUACGCACUUCAAGCACGUUGUGGAGGAGUGUCCUCGGUUUGAUAUGAAGAUUGGUUGGCCAAAGACUGGGGAUUUCACAAGA